AGUUCAAAAUCGUAUCAGUUUUAGAGCCCACACGCAUCAAUACUGGAUUCAGGACCGUUCAGCGAGGCUUCAUCAUGCCCUCGCGUUCUGAAGACGACCCCCACUACACCGGGGAAACGGUGUUGCCUGCACAAGACGACUACGAUCUCCUGAUAAAGCACAAAUACGUUGCCAUUUGGUUUUCGUUGCGUUAUGAGAAGAAGCGCAGGCUCAGGGAUCUUGACCAUGCUACCAGCGUUUUCAGACAUGCUGUUGACGUCACCUCUCCAAGCAACCCGAUCCGAAUUACCUUUCUGAGCGGUAUUAUCGGCAUGCUCUCCCAACGCUUCAGUAUCACGCGUUCGAUAGUCGAUAUCAACGAUCUUGUUGAUGCUGUUAGUUUGAAGGUCGAUGCUACCCCUAGUGAUGAUCCCGACCGAGCAGCCAGGCUGACCGACUAUGCCACCGUACUGCAACAACGAUAUGGUCUCACGCGCUCAACUGAUGAUCUUCACAAAGCUGUCAACCUAGGUAGCCUUGCGAUAGAAGCCGUUCCCGAAGGUCAUCAUCUUCGGGCAAUAUUGUUUGACAGCUAUGCGAAAACGCUUGCGGUGCGCUCCUCCGCCAUCGAAUCAUCACACGAUCUGGACGAUGCUAUCAAAGUCAGCAGUCAGGCUAUAGAAUUGGCUAAGAAUGAGUCGGAAAAGAACUCCUGUUGUCAAACUCAUGCGAUAUUGCUUCAGAGGCGUUUUGCUCAAACCGGUACGAGGCAGUACAUCAAUGCUGCUAUUCAGAUGGCCGAGAUAACAGCAAACGCUGUUCACGCCAACAGUCCGCAUCGACUUUUCUAUCAAUCAAGCCUCGCAAAACUGCUUCAGAUUCGAUUUGGCGAAAUAGGGUCGCUGAAUGACCUAGACCGGGCAAUCGUCAUUUUGGAAGACGUCGUCAAAAGCGCCCCUCAACAUGACCCAAACCGACUUGACAACAUGACAUCUCUCUGCACAUCUCUCGGUCAACGAUUCUUCCAGACUGAAGCAUUGAGUGAUAUCAAUCGUGCCAUCAGCCUGAGUAGCAGCAUUGUUGAAAGCACUGCAGAGAGUGAUCCUUACUACGCCAGACAUUUGGCUAACCUUGGUAACCUAGCUGGCACACGCUACGAACUCACUGGCUUGAUUGAUGAUCUUGACCUUGCUAUUGACGCUCUUGACAAGGCAGUCAAGCUCUCCGCUCAUCUACAGCCCCACACAGCUCUCUCCGUGGACAUGGACUCCAACGAAGGCGGUCUGUGGAUAAGCCUAGGUGCUUGGCUGGCUCAGAGAUAUGAGAGGACUGAUAAUGAAGAGGAUUUGAACCGCAGCAUAGAGUUUAGCAGGACAGCAGUUGCUAAGACCCCACUCAAAGAUCACAUCAACCAAGCCUUGCAUGCAUACCACCUUGGGAAACGGCUCAGAGCACGUUAUGAAUUGAUUGGAAGAGAAGAAGACAUCAUAGAGGCUCUUGAACUUGCUCGAACAGCUGUCAAACAUACACCAGACGACCACCCCUGGAAAUCAUCUCACUUAAUUGGCUUAGGGGAAGUGCUUUUUGCAAGAUACGACCGGCAAGAGUCGGAGAGAGACAUCGAGGAGGCCAUCUCCCUCGGUCUACAAGCGAAGGAGCUCAUUGAUCAGAAUAGCCCUGGGGGAGCCUUGGUCUUGGCCGCCUUGGGUCGCUACUUUGGACAUCGAUUUCACAAAACAAGCAACAGAUCCCACCUCGACAAUGCUCUUUUCUACUUCAGUCAAGGCGUUUCAUGUGAAGCUUCUUCGCCAAUUUCCCGCGUCGAUUCCGCACGACAUGCUGCAAGGAUUCUCGCAGAUCAAAGCAAAUGGGAAGAGGCGUCUAGCAUGCUGAGAACAGUCGUGGAACUUCUGCCACGCGUGAGCCCUCGGAUGUUAAACAACAGCGACAAGCAACAAAGGCUUAAGUUGUUCUCCGGUCUAGCUUCUUUCGCUGCAGCUACUUCGCUACAAGCCGGGGAAGACGACUUCAGUGCCUUAGAACUGCUGGAAAUGGGCCGUGGUCUUAUUGGGAAUUCUCUUCUUGAGCUACGGACUGAUAUCUCGGAGCUCCGAGAGAAGUAUCCAGAUAUUGCAGAGAGAUUCGAAACUCUCCGGGACGAGCUGGAUUCGCGUCAAACACAAAAACAUCUACAGAAAAACGGGUUAUCCUUCGAUAAGCUCCAAGGCAAUCGACUGAUUGAGGCUGACGAAGAAUUGAGCAAUCUCAUUGUGGGUAUUCGAGACUAUCCUGGCUUUGAAAGGUUUCUUCUUCCGCCAACCCGAGAAGAUUUCCUGCGUGCUGCUGAGAAGGGACCCAUCGUCAUAAUCAACAUGAACUACUAUCGUUGUGACGCAUUUCUCAUUCAGCAAGACAAGAUCUCGACACUUCCUCUCGCGAACCUCACAGAAGAGGAGAUCAACCAGAGAGGAAGCGGGAAAGCGAGGAAAGUCUCAGUGCGAUCAGUUGAAACUCUAGAAUGGUUGUGGACGGCUGCUGUGGAGCCUAUCUUGACUGCGCUGGGUUACCAGCAUGCACCUAAGACUGAUGAUUGGCCGCAGGUAUGGUGGAUACCUACCGGGCCAUUGAACCACUUUCCAAUUCACGCCGCCGGCUUGCAUAUCAAAGGGAACUCUACGUCCACACUCGAUAGAGUCAUGUCUUCGUACACUACUUCCGUCAAAUCCCUAAUCGCCGGGCGUAACAAUACCUUGCAGAGCGCUGCUCGUCCGAAUUCUGGGCAUGCUCUCCUCGUAGCUAUGCGGGUAACUCCGUCCCUAGGAGCCUCGAGUAUCUUGGUUAAUGCCGAUAGAGAGAUAGAGAUGCUGACUAAGCUCUGUCCCUCACUGCAUCUCAAAGCUGUGAUACCGUCCAGCCGGCAGAAAGACGAGAUCAUUCAGAGCCUGCGAGAUUGUUUGAUUUUCCACUUUGCAGGGCAUGGAAAAGUGGAUAACUUGGACCCUGCGAAGAGCCUACUGCUUUUGGAUGACUGGAAAACCCAGCCACUAACUGUCGGUGAUCUUCGUGACAUGAACAUGCAUGAGAGCGGUCCAUUUCUUGGCUUCCUGUCAGCCUGCUUUACAAGCGCUAACAACGAAAUCACGCUUGUCGACGAAGCAGUACACUUGGCUGGCUCCUUACAGUUAGCAGGGUUCAGACAUGUGAUAGGCACACUCUGGGAGGUUAAAGACAGCCACUGUGUGGAAGCUGCCCAGAUAGUAUACGAGACUAUCCGCGACGAAGGAAUGACUGACACAGCGAAAGAUGCGAAGAGAUUGCUUAAGGCAGCAUGGAGGAUCUAG